AUGAUGUAUUCUGAAGAAGACGACGACGCUGCCGAUGAUGACGUGAAUUCAGAAGUGUUGAAUAAUAGACUAGACUUUAUUCAAGAUAUAAUUACGGACCAAGAUUUGUAUGAAAUAUUAUCAGUUCCGGUUCAUGGUCAAAUCAGUUUUUCUUCAAUUGAUAUUACAAUGCCUGCCCCUGAAAUUCACUUACCUGAAAGUAAUCCUCCGGUUGAUGUCCCAAUGCCCUUCUCUGAAAUUCACUCACCUGUAAGUUCUCCUCAGUGGACAAAUGAUAUUGAAGAUUUUGAAUCUCCUAUAUUUGAUAGGCCGAUGACAGUAAGAAAAAAAUAUCCUAACAGGAGUCAGCCUAAAGAUUACUUCAUGGAUAUGUGUCCUGAAGAAGCACUGGAUCUAAUUGUAAAAAAUACUAACAUCUAUGCGGAAGCAAAACAUUCCAGACAUUGGAUUGACAUUACAAAAACAGAAUUAUCUGCAUAUUUUGGGAUAAUCAUACUAAUGUCUGUGAAUCCUUUAUCUGAUUAA